CUGAGAGAGAGAUACGGCUCCGUUUACACCGUAUACUUGGGAUCCAAGCCAUUCGUGGUGCUGUGUGGCUACCAGGCUGUGAAGGAGGCCCUGGUGGACCAAGGAGAGGACUUCAGCGGGCGCGGGGACUUCCCAAUGAUAACCCAGUUCACACAAGGGGAUGGGAUCGUGUUUUCUCACGGUGGGAAAUGGAAGGCGUUGCGGCGUUUUGCCAUACAGACGCUGCGUGGAUUCGGGAUGGGUCGGCACCGCAUUGAGGAGCGGAUCCAAGAGGAGGCCGGGUGCAUGGUGGAAGAGUUUGCCAAGACCAAAGCGGAGCCUGUUGACCCCACUUCUCUCAUCGGCCGUGCCAUCUUCAACAUCACCUGUUCCAUCAUCUUCGGGGACCGGUUUGACUACGAGGACAAGAAAUUCCUCACUUUGGUUGACCUGAUGAACGACAACUUCCACCACCUAAGCAGCUCUUGGGUGCAGCUAUAUAACGUGUUCUCUCGUGUCAUGUAUUACCUGCCCGGACCCCACAACAGAUUAAAGGAGAAUUUUGAGAAGUUGCGCCUCUUUGUCCUGGAGAUGGUCAAGACGCACCAAGAGACCCUGGACCCCAACUCCCCUCGCGAUUUCAUCGACUGCUUCCUUCUCAAAAUGCAGCAGCUAUAUAACGUGUUCUCUCGUGUCAUGUAUUACCUGCCCGGACCCCACAACAGAUUAAAGGAGAAUUUUGAGAAGUUGCGCCUCUUUGUCCUGGAGAUGGUCAAGACGCACCAAGAGACCCUGGACCCCAACUCCCCUCGCGAUUUCAUCGACUGCUUCCUUCUCAAAAUGCAGCAGGAAAAGGAGGAUCCCCUCUCCUACUUCCACACGAACACCCUUGUGAUGACCACCCACAACCUGUUCUUUGCGGGCACGGAGACGACCAACACCACCCUCCUCUAUGGGAUUCUCAUCCUCAUGAAGUACCCUGAAGUGCAGGGGGAGUCUUUUGAAGUCCACGUCCAUGAGAUGUUUCCUAACAAGGCAGACAAAGAUGGACCCCACGGUACCCGCAUCAUGCCUUUGAUUUAUUCCGUGCAUAGAGAUGUCACCCAGUUCAAAGACCCAGAAGUGUUUGACCCCACCAAUUUCCUGGACAAGGAGGGAAGCUUCCACCGCAACGAUGCUUUCAUGCCCUUUGGUACAGGGAAGCGUGUUUGUCUCGGAGAGCCCCUGGCUCGCACGGAGAUCUUCCUCUUCCUCACCACACUGGUGCAGCAUUUCGCCUUCCGGCCCGUGGUUCCGCCAGAGGAAAUCGACCUCUCCCCAAUGGCGAUCAGCUUAGUAUCUGUCCCACACCCCUUUAAAUUCCGGGCCGUCCCCCGCUGAAGGAUCUCGUUGGGGAGAGCGGGAUAAAGAAGGUGAAGGGGUGUCUUUCUUGCCAACAGCAACCCGGGCUUCCUUGCUUAGCUAUCUAUCCCUGGGAACUGGGUCAAUGUGCGAAGGCAGGAUGUGUUGUUGGCAUGAUGCACUCUUGCAUGGACUCUUGCACGUGUGAAACACAGCAAUCGCCUCCCGGAAUCUGAAGGCAGGCACGCCGUGGCCAGCAUCUGGUCCUUAGGUGAUGACUUAAUCAAACAAUACAGGAUCCUGCCCCUGAGCUAGGCGUUUCUCCUGUGUCAGGAAAAGACCCGCUCCUGUUUUUCCUCUUUUCUCCGUGGAUGAGACUUCUAGACUUCUCUGGUCUGGUCAGAGCUUCACGCAUUCCUCAGAAUAUUGUAUGCUAAAUAUUGGAGAGUAACAGAGACACCCUCGAGACAAGAAAUUUUAAGCAAAAAUUUGAAAAUGGCGGAAAUGGACAAAUUAACUCUGAUUUUGAAAGGACAACCAGAAACUGUAUUCGAGGACACAUGGUCAAGAUUUUACCAAUGGUUUGAAGAUUAUUCCAAGCAAUCAACAGAGUCAUUUAAACGUUUAGGUGAAGGGCCUUAUAGCUCCCAUCUACAAGAUUUUAACAGAACAUGCCACAGACAACCCACACACAGCUAUCAACAAGCAUGGCACAAAGGCUUGAAACAAACCCUCACUCAAGAACAAUGGGAUAGAAUAUGGACAUCUCACUCCAAACUUUCAAAAUCCCUAAUCAUAAACUCUGUAGUGCAGAAAGUUUUAAUGAGGUGGUACUUA